UGGAGGCAUCCUGUGGUUUUUAGUGGAGUGGUGAAUUAUAUAGCUACACCAGUGGAUGAUAAUUUGUUGGAGUAUAUGUUUGCUGAAAAUCCACGUCAAAUUGAACUUUUUAUUGAAUAUACUCCUGUGACUACUGCGUUGCAAUUUGAACCACCUAUCACUCAGCAUGAUGUUGGAACGUCUAGGAGAGAUGAUUAUCAUAGUUUUGAUGUCGGGACAUCUAGGAGGGAUGAUGAAUAUCAUAGCACUGAAUUCAACACAUUUGGGAGGGAGGUUGAUGAACAACUAGAUGUACCAAAUGUGACAUGUGAUGGUUAUGAUGGUUCAGAUGGUUCUGAUAAUUGUGAUGGUUCUGAUAAUUGUGAUGAUUCAGAUGGUUCUGAUAAUUGUGAUAGUUUAGAUGGUUCUGAUAAUUGUGCUGGUUUAGAUGGUUCUGAUUGUGAUGGUUCCGAUGGUUCUCAACCAAGUGAUCUUGAUUAUAGUGCAGAAUCAUGUGAAGAUUCCACAUACGACGAGACACUUGAAAUGAUGGUUGAGAAUUAUGUACAACCAGCUGUUCGUGGGGAGCAACCUGUUCCCGACUAUGUGCCUGAAGGGUUACCCUUUUUUCGAUCAUUACCAUGUGAAGGUAGCCGCGGUUACGUUUCAGAAGACCAUGGAGUGAGUGAAGAAGAUAUGUGGUAUUGGGAUGAGGAUAAUCCGAGACAUAUAGAUGUGGGAACGAAAUUUGAUAGCAAAUUGCAGUUGAAAACUGCUGUGACAUUAUAGCAUGUGGGAACAGGUCGGAUGUAUGAGGUUAUGGAUAGUAAAUCAAGAAGAUGGCAUGCAGUUUGUAGGGACCCAUUUGGUCCGAAAAGAAAAGGCAAGGACCUUGGGCAACGAUACCCAUGUAAUUGGGAGGUUAAAGCAACGUUUAAGAAACGUGAUGGUAGCUGGUCUAUCAACUCAUGGGUUGAUCGUAAUUGUUGUAUGGGAGAUCACGAUCCAAGUGAACAUGUUAAUCUUACAUCAUCCAUGAUUGCUCUAUGUAUUCGAAGUCAAAUUGAAAAUGAUGUUGAAUUCAAGCCUUCUGCGGUACGCACAUAUAUCAAAGAUAAAUUUCACGUGAAAAUCAGCUACAAUAAAGCAUGGUAUGCUCGCAGAAAAGCUAUUGAGCUUGUAUAUGGUGGGUGAGAGGGAUCAUUCAGACAACUCCCCAACUACCUGACUGAGUUGCAAAGUCAAAAUCCGGGGACAAUCGUUGAGUGGUUGCAUGACCCUAUAUUGAGUCAAGGUACUACAAAGGUGUUCCGGUACGUAUUUUGGGCAUUUGGGCCAGCAAUAGAGGCGUUCCAACUAGCAAAGCCGGUCUUAUCAGUUGAUGGGACUCACCUGCGUGGAAGACUGAAAGGAUACACAACCAAAUGGAUGAGCGCAAAGAAGAUGAGCCAAGAGCUCCUCCUCGAUGCCGCCUUUGUGGAGAGACCGGCCACAAUAGAAGAAAGUGCACUGUAGGACGUGUUGUGUAGUCAUAUUAUAUUUGAGAAUCGUGAUUUAGGCUUGAAUUUUAUUAUGUGUUUGAACCAUGUUUAAGACUGAAAUGACAUUCUUAAGUAAUAUUGUUAGAAAAAAAUUCGACAGAGUUUACUUUUUUUAUU